AUGGAGUGCCGUGAUGCCACUGUGUCGUGGCUGAGCUGGACCCUAAUCGUUGGGGGCGUGGCCUACCUGCUUCGUCACAGGUGGUCACACACGCCGUACGGCAGGUACAGCCCCGCGGAGGGUCUCUUCUGCCCCGCCCGGCUCGGCUGGCUCCUGCAGGAGGUCCCGUCCUUCCUGGUGCCGCUGCUGCUUCUCCUGCUGCCGCCCGGGGAGGAGGAGCAGGAGGAGGCCACGGAGGGAGUGAGGAGCACCGGGAGGACGCUGCUGCUCUGCACCUUCAUGCUGCACUACUUCCAGAGGUGAGAGCUGAACAGAGUUAGUUUAUCGAGUUUGACUCAGAGGUGUGAAGGUGCAGAGUGAGAGAGCACGGGGAGAGCUGAGCUAACAGGAAGCUGCUGAACAGUCUGCAGCUUCCUCAAACAGACAUGAGGAGAGAAAGCUUCACCCUGUCAAUAAAAACCACCUUUAAAAGGAGGUUUGUCUCAGAUUCUGAUCUCUCAGACCACCUGAUGAUCUCCUGUUCUGGGUCUUCAUGGUUCUGUGAGCAUCAGAAACUCUAAAAAAGAGAGCAGAGACCAUCCAGAUCAGACUUCACACUCAGAUCUAAAGUGUCGACUGUAAAUUUCAGCCCAUCAAGAAUAAUGAAAAGGCUUUCUCUCUGUAACAGUCUGCUCUGGUUCUGCUGUUUUCUCCUCACACUUGAUGAAAAUCUAACUGGUAUGUUUCUGGAUUCUUACUCCUCCCUGUUUGUGAAACACUCCUCCUAGAAACAGUCAAUCACAAAUCCAAAGAUCUGUUUUAGAAUAAACACGGAGAGAUAAGAAGAAAAUUCCCUCAUAUCAGUUUUUCCAUGUUAUCCUGUUUCAUCUGUAAGCGUCUUUUCUAAGAAAAGCAGGUCUGGUCUUGAUGAAUGAAGUUACACAACCUCAGUUCAGAGGUCAGAGGGUUUCAGAUUGGUUCCAUCAGUAUAAACCAAAGACUGUAUUUACUACAGACAACUUGGUUCUGCCUCCCGUCUGUUUACGGAUUUGAGGCUGAGAAGUUCUCGGUAUUUCCGCGUUUUCUGUCCAUUUUCUCAAACCAACAUCGCCCAUUCAGCUGGAGGGUCGCCAAGAGUCGCUGUGAUGACGCUCGGCUCAAACAGCGUAUCCCCCGGUGAUCUACUCAAUCCCUGUCCUCCCAUAGGCUGUAUCAGGUGUCAAUCAUAGAAAACAUGAACCCCCUAAUAACUUUUAAAAAUGGAGCUGUACAGAAAAAAGAGGACUUGAGCACAAACCAGUCUGACAGUAACUACAUGUCAACAUCACAACCAGGGGGGAGAAACAUUUAUAUUCUGUGUCAUUCAUUUAUAAAGUUUGUCCACAGCUCCAUAAGGAGGCGGGGUUUAUGACCUAUACUGCAGCCCGUCACCAGAGGGCGCUGUUCUCACUGUGGUUUCAAGAUAAACAGGAAGUGACCUCAGUGUGUCUUUCAGGAGUUUUAUCUACAGCUUCCUGACCAAAGGACGACCCGUCCCGCUGCCCAUCGUCCUGUAUGGCGCCAUCUUCUGCUCGCUCAACGGCUUCCUGCAGGGACACCACCUGCUGCACUGCGCACGGUUCGAACACACCUGGAUGACUCAUGUUCGCAUGGCUGCAGGUGAGUCCACCUCCUCACCUGAAACACUCUGACCAUCAGUUUAGUGUCCGCUCCUCGUCGUGGAGACAGGAUACUUCAUACUUUGAAGACCUGGAAACACAUUACCCAGAAUCCUCUGCAACUGCUGUUGCCAUGGAGAAGAAGUUGAUUCAAGCUGCUUAAGUUAGUAUUGUGCUGAAACUGUUGGGCUGUUGUUGGAUGCUUUUUGGUGAAAUGCACCCUGGGAGUUGUAGUCUAUCUGUUACAGAGGCAAUAAUGUAGAGGUUACAGUCAGAUACAAACUCAUAUUAACGCAAAUGUUCAACAAACAACUGAGACUACAAGCAAGACUACUGAGACCAGCAGAACACCAGACUCAAGGCUUCAAAAAAAGUCUCUCACAAUCCAGCUGGACUGGAACAUUUAGGGCCUGUGUGCACUGACAGCGUGUCUUUCAUGACUUUCCUCCAGUGACGCUACCAAAACUGACUCCCCUCCCAUGUUGGCGACCUGGUCUUGCAGAAAACUGAACUACAUGGGUGAAAAUAUUCAGGAUACAUGAGCUGCACAGUUUAAAAACAAACUUAGUGGACACAGGCCCUUACCCUAGUGGAACUCUGCGGUAUAGCAGGCCGUAAAGAAUUCCCUUUCCCUCCCCAGGUUACCUUCUGUUCGUAGUCGGGAUGAUCAUCAACAUCCACAGUGACCACAUCCUGCGCCACCUCAGGAAACCUGGAGAGGUUGUCUACCGGAUCCCACGUGGUACCGCUGAUCAGAAUCUAGAUCCUGACCCACAUUCUGGACCUCCGCAGUGUUUGAGUCUCUUCUCUUCUUCCUCCGUCAGGCGGGUUGUUUGAGUUUGUGUCUGGAGCAAACUUCUUCGGGGAGAUUGUGGAGUGGAUUGGUUUCGCUGUAAUCGCCUGGUCUCUCCCGUCCUUCGCCUUCGCAGUCUUCACUAUCUGCUCAAUUGGGCCCAGAGCCUACCACCACCACAGGUAGACACCCUCACCUGUAUUUCCGGUUACUGCACAUACCUGGGCACACGUCUGUUUUAAACAUUAAAUAUUCUCGCUGCUUUUGUUGACUUUGAAAAAGAAAAUCCAUUUUUCUUGGAUGUACGCGGUGCAGGACUACAGCUCUGUUUGGGUUUGGGUGUGCUCUUGUUGAACCUGUUCUUUGGCACCAUGACUCUUUUAUUCCGUAACCUUCUGGAAACAUGAGCGUGACAAAUACUCUAAGUUCUUCUCAGAGUUGUCUGCUUAGCCAGCCUGAUAUAUGUCCGAACUGCUGAACCUCUGGUGAGUUCUGCUGGCAUUAGACUCUGGUUCUUGCAGCUGCCUCCUCUCACACACUCUAGCCUUUGUUUUCAUGACACGUGCUGCAGCGGCUCACGGCUGUCCAGAGGAGCAGCCUCUGAACAGCAUGUUCUGCUCAGUAACUUCUGACUAAAUAAUCAGUUUGGACACUUUGUUUACAAUUUCCAAUCCUGUAGUUUUGGCUGGUAUCAGACCAACACCAGUAUCUCUAAAUCUGCUCAUUUAAAAUCCCGUUUUCAUGGCCGUUUGAUAGAUUUUCUUCUGAUCCCAGAUGAAGCUAACCGGGCUUUCCUCCUGUGGGUUUUUUCAGAGACUACCUGCAGAGGUUUGAGGAUUACCCCUGCUCCAGGAAAGCUGUUAUUCCCUUCAUACUCUGA